CUCAACAAACAUUCUGUAAUUAGAAUCAAAUGAUGGCUUUAUAAUUAAAACAUUUAAAAAACGGACUGAAAAUAUUAUCUCAGUUUUGUUGUCUGGUUUGUUCAUCCGUGGUGUCAAGAGAGACCACCUGAUCUCCUACAACCUAAUCCCUCCAGAGAGAGACACCACCACCUGAUCCUAUCUCAGAUCAGUAGGUACAACUAGUCCAUAAAGAGAGACAAUCUGAGCUGAUCUCAGAUCAGUGCUUUACAGCUUACUGAAAAUUAAAGAUAGAAACCUUUUUACAUCGAUGGUGUAAGGACGUUUAAACCCACGGUUUACGUCCCGCUUCACUCUUUAACUCCGCGGUUCACUCUUUAACUCCAUGGCUCACUCUUUACUACAAAUCAAACGCACUUCGUGCCCCCGCCUCGCUGUGACGUCGCCCUUGAUGCCGGAAGGGAGCGCUUGUUAUCGGCUCCAGGGGGAUAUCUCUCCGGGUCUCUGCGGGGGAAAGAUGUCCCAACAGCGGGCCGGUCUCUCGGGGUCUCCUCGGGGGUCUUCUCGGUGGUCUUCAGUCCUGGUCCUGGUGGCGCUGCUGCAUGCGACGCGGGUUGCAGACGCGGUGUCUGAACGCGGGAGAUGGACGGUCCACCUGGACGGGGAGAUUCUCAAGGAGAAGAGAUAUUUUGUGUUCCCCAAGACGCUCUUCAGCAACAGCAUCAUCAGAAUGACCGUUGUGUCAGAGAGCUGUGAUCAGUCCUCUCCCGUCCUCAACGUCUCCUGGUACCUGAGGAGCUCCUCCUGCUACGACCAGGUCUUCCACAUGGAGCAUGGCGACGCCCAGCGUGUGUUCGGGGCGACGGCGGCCGGAGAGCAAACAGGAAGUGGAUACUACAUCUUCCAUCAAUACGAUGACAUCACCUGUAGAGCCAGCAUGAGCCCCCACACGUUCGGUCUGAAGGAGAUGGCCCCGCCCACCAGACUCAGAGAACUCGCCCAGGCAGAGCCAAUCACAGCGGCGCCUGGAAGGAGGCGAAGGAGUCCGCCAUCUUCUUCUCCCAUGGCUGAAGUAAAGGAGAAUCUGAACUCGUCGAAAGUAGAAAAGGCUGUGAGCUCAUUGGACCAGGUGGCCAGCAGCUGGGAGGACGGGCCGUACGUCUUCAUCGUCCGCAUCAGAGACGUCAGCAAGGAGCCGGCCGCGGCCUGGAGCAUGACGCUGGAGAUCACCAUGAAAGGUCCUCACGACUACAUCUCUGCUUCAGAGUGGCCCCUGAUGCUGUUCUACAUGGUGAUGUGUGUGGUGUAUGUCCUGCUGGCCCUGUCCUGGCUGUGUGUGUCGGCCUGGUUCUGGCGGGACCUCCUGCGGAUCCAGUUCUGGAUCGGGGGGGUGGUGUUCCUGGGGCUGGUGGAGAAGGCGGUGUACCUCGCCGAGUUCCAGAGUCUCCGUGACAACGGCCUGUCAGUCCAGGGGGCGCUGGUGUUUGCUGAGCUCUUGUCUGCGGUGAAGAGGACUUUGGCCCGGGUGCUCGUCCUCAUCGCGAGUCUGGGAUACGGAAUUGUCAAGCCCCGUUUGGGAGCAUUGCUCCACAGGGUUGUGGGCGUCGGCCUCCUCUACUUCCUCUUCUCCGUCGUCGAGGGAAUCCUGAGUGUCAACGCUGAGCGGGGGGACAGUGCUGGCAGUAAGCUGAUGUGUGAUCUGGCCCUGGCCUUCAUCGACUCCUGUUUGGUCUGGUGGAUCCUGGUGAGUCUGUCUCAGACCAUGAAGCUCCUUCGUCUGCGGCGGAACGCAGUGAAGCUGUCUCUCUACCGCCACUUCACCAACACGCUGCUGUUCGCCGUCAUCGCAUCUGUAAUCUUCAUCGUCUGGACUACGAAAACCUUCACGAUGUCCAAGUGUCAGUCUGACUGGGGCGAGCUGUGGAUCGAUGAUGCCUUCUGGCGUUUCCUGUUCUCUAUGAUCCUAAUGGUUAUCAUGUUCCUAUGGCGACCGUCGGCCAACAACCAGAGGUAUGCCUUCAGCCCGCUGGUGGAUGAAGAGAGUGAUGAAGAGGAGCAGGAGGCCAUGCUGAACGAGAACUUUGACGGCAUGAAGAUGAGGGGAGCCAAGCCCGAAUCAAACGGCUCCAAACUCAACAAGGUGGACGAGGACCUGCGCUGGGUGGAGGAGAACAUUCCAUCGUCGAUGGCGGACGUUGCCCUGCCCCCGCUGCUGGACUCUGAUGAGGAAACCAUGACAACCCAAUUUGAGAUGUCCAAGAUGGAGUAGAGGUGGAGACUUCAGAGAGCACUCUGACAGUCCAGAGGGGGAUAGAUGAUAGAGGAGGGAUAGAUGAUAGAGGAGGGAUAGAUGAUAGAGGAGGGAUAGAUGAUAGAGGAGGGAUAGAUGAUAGAGGAGGGAUAGAUGAUAGAGGAGGGAUAGAUGAUAGAGGAGGGAUAGAUGAUAGAGGAG